GCGGCCAGUGCGGGCGCGCCUUGCGAGCAGCCAAUGGCAGGGGCGGCGCCGCUUGUUGUCGCCCCGUGAGGCGGCUGCGCCCUGGGCUCGGUGCCGCCGCCGCCGCCGCCGCCGCAGAAGGGACCCGGGAGGCUCCAGGCCCCGGUACCCGCUCGCCUCUCGCCGGCCCCGCAGCCCCCGCGGAGGGCGGGGAGAUGCAGCCCCCGGGCGCUCAGCAGCCGCCGCUCUACGCGCCCAGCAGCGGGGACUUCACCUUCGUCUCCUCGGCGGACGCCGAAGAUCUUAGUGGUUCCAUAGCAACUCCAGAUGUUAAGCUGAAUCUUGGAGGAGAAUUCAUCAAAGAAUCUACUGCAACUACAUUCCUAAGACAGAGAGGAUAUGGCUGGCUUCUGGAAGUGGAAGAUGAUGACCCAGAAGAUAACAAGCCACUCUUGGAAGAACUUGACAUUGAUCUGAAGGAUAUUUACUACAAAAUUCGAUGUGUGUUGAUGCCUAUGCCAUCUCUUGGGUUCAAUAGGCAGGUAGUGAGAGACAAUCCAGACUUUUGGGGUCCUCUGGCAGUUGUCCUCUUCUUCUCAAUGAUUUCAUUAUAUGGACAAUUUAAGGUUGUUUCUUGGAUUAUAACUAUUUGGAUAUUUGGAUCCUUGACAAUUUUUUUACUAGCCAGAGUUCUUGGAGGAGAAGUUGCUUAUGGCCAAGUUCUGGGUGUAAUAGGAUAUUCCCUACUUCCCCUCAUUGUCAUAGCACCUGUACUUUUGGUGGUUGGAUCAUUUGAAGUUGUUUCUACCCGUAAUAAAAGUAAGUUCUUAUCAUUUAUUGAGAAUUUAGUUAUUUUCAAGUCACUUUCUUAACACUUCAAGUAAUUUCCUCAGGAAAACAUAAUGAUGUGUCAAAAAUUUCAGAACUACAAAGUGAGCUCUGUGAUCCUUUUGGUUAGCAUGGUGGAAAGUGAAUGAAGUUUUAAAUGCUCCAUUUGAGUACUUGGAAAUAUACAGUGCUGUUGCUAUAACAACACCUGUUGUUACUAGAGUAGCUUGUAUUUAAGUAUUUUGCUGUGCUCUAAUAGCUGCAUUACAAAAAAGAUGGGAUUCUCAUUUUGAGAAGAGAAUGCAUAAUUAAACCUCAGAAUGAAGAGUCUGAAAAUAAGCUCUCCCUUCCCCCAUAAUCCCGAUUAUUUUUAGUCACUGCAGCAUGAAUACGACGUUAGUCAUUGUUCUGAGACCUCCACAUAGUGGUAGCAGUACAAAGCUCUCCAUACCCUUUGCAGAGAAGGUAAGGAUUGUUCUGAUUUAGAGGGGGGAAUGUAAGGCACAAAGAAUAACCUGCCUUAUACCACCUGCUGCUGGACACCUUUUAUGGAACCAGAAACAUUCCCUCAAUGAUCCCAGAACAACAUAACACUCUUGAACGCUUCCAGUACUUCUUAAAACCCUUUAAGGUAGCCUGUGAAGUUACUGCUGAGCCUGGGAAGGUUAACUGAUAAAAUUCUGUUACGAGCAAAGCUGUACACUUUCUGGAGGUUUGUUCUGUUGAUUUCAUUAUUUAUGUCCCUUUAGCUUGCUGGCAAACAGUAUAAUUUAAGUACAACUAGAGUUAUGAUAAGUAACAAAAUUGCUUUAUUUGAGAUUUGAUAGUCUGUGAUUACCGAUAAAUAAUAGUCAGAAUGUAAAUCAUUAACUUGCCAGUUAACUAAUAAAUAACUGCAAAAUAAAUAUACGUUCAUGAAACCUCUGUUACUUGAUUACUACUAACAGCCUUAUGUUAACUUCAGGGUGAAUCUCUGCAAGGUUCUUAUCUUUGCACCACUAGCAUGAAAAUGCAUUACAAGCCCCACAUGACCAAAAUUUCUUGGGCUGUGACAAGCACUACUUCUGUAACUGGCUCUGUGUUGUGCUGAGAGAAGUGAUUUUUACAGUGGUAUUUGGAGAGACUUUCUUGUGGUGACAGCUAAGACUGUUCAUCUUCUUUUUCAGUUGUUUGGAGUCUUCUGGGCUGCAUACAGUGCUGCAUCAUUACUAGUGGGAGAAGAAUUCAAGACCAAGAAACCCCUCCUAAUUUAUCCAAUCUUUUUAUUAUACAUUUAUUUUCUGUCCUUGUAUACUGGGGUGUGAGCUAGUGUAAGAUGUGGCCAGAAACCAUAUUUCAGUCACUUGCAGACUGAUAAUGUGUCAGAUUAAGAAGGCUGGAGAUAAUACCAGUGACUGUUUUGUAUGCAGUUGUCGAGAUGUUUUAAGAUGGAAGAGCAUAUUUGUGUAUAUUAUUUAAUGAAGCAAUUGUAGCUAUAUAGAUUUGUAUCAAAGUUCUAGGUUUGUUUAAGACUCUUCAGAUUUUAAUGAACAAAAUAAAAGAACCUUGUGUUUUAUAACAAAGCGUAGCAAAACUGCAGCUCAAUACCUGUGCCAAAAGCACUGGGACCAGAUUACUAUAUUCAAGAAUUAAAAAUGAAAAGUUAACUGUUAACAAUCUCAAAGUGCAAUUUUUCCUUUAAGCUUAAACACAGCUGGCUUUUUUUGGCACAGCAAAUUCUGUAGAUAAUAUAUAUUUAUGAAACAGUCCUGAUUGUUCACAGAAUAGUCUGUAUAAUCAAGACAAAAAGAUACUACUUUUAAUUUAGUGCCUCAAUUACUGUGAUUUGGCUGUUGAGUUUUUAUAAAUUCCAAUUUGUUUUCAAAACAUGUAUAUACUGUGUAUUUUGUAUCUAUGGCUUGUGUGUACCGUAAAUACUCCUUGGUUAAGGAUGUAUAUUGGGUUUUUAAAAAUUGAAGAUACAAGUAUUUGAAGUUUUCAUUUACUGUCUCUGACCAAAGGAGCAAGAUACUUACCGUGUGACAUAAUUAAUUAAAGUGCAUAUUUAGAGAAUCAAAUUAUUUUACUUAAAAGUAUAAAUUUACAGAGAAAUGGGUGAACACCUUUCUCAACUCUAGUGCUGGCCUAAUGUUGGAGGAAAAAAAGAUGAUCUAUCAAAUUUGUGUGAUCUUUAAACAAUGUUAUUUUAUGAUGACGAAAUAAAAAUAUUGCUUCCCUAAUUAUGUUUUACAACAUCUUGCUCUGUUUUGCUUUUAAUAGCAUGGUAUUUGACAUGCUUCUUUUUUUUUUUUUUUUUUUUUUUUUGCCAAUACAAUUAAUCCCUUGUAAAGAGAAAUAAAGAUUUAGAAGGCCAGAUUCUCCCUCCACUAAACAAGAAACAAGGCAGAGUUACAGCCUUAGUAACAGUUAGAGUCUUGCUAAUUUUGACUCUCCAAGGAUUAUGUAAUAAUGUGAUGACAUGUUAAAUAUUUCCUGUGUACUGUGUUGAUUGCUUAUAUAAUGGUCCUUAUGGUAAUAUUUCUUCACAAGGGAAGUCCACUGAAGUUCACUUUGUAUGGUACUAAUGUAGGCAUUUGCAAUCUUCAGGAUUUAGUAUCAACAAAUAACUCUGAAGGUUUGGGGUUUUUUUUCUGGCAACAAAAAAAACCAUUUCCCAUUCUCCCCCCCCACCCCCACCCUUUUUUUUAAUGCUACAAAUAAGAAUCAGCCAUGACAAGAUAAUAGCAAGGGCUGUCUUGGAUCCCUGAUGGACAUAUUUCCAUAUCAGAACUGUAGUUUUUCAGCUUUUUAGACGGUAACUAUCCAGGCUGGUAACUGAUUUUUACCAGUCAUUACCGAUGCAAAAUACAUAAUUAAAUUCCAGCUCUCCCACAAACCUUUGGCUUACUCAGUCUGCUUUCCUGGCUGAUUCUUGUGUUGGCUUUAAACAGAACCACUUGAAGUUAGUGCUGGACAUAAAUUGUAGUGUAAUACUUGAGCUUGUAAUAUAUAAAAAGAGAAGAAUUGGUAGAGUGAUUGACUUUUCACCUGAUUUUUGAUUUCUGAAUAAGUUGUGAUGGAAUUAAUGCAAACUUGUCCUAAUUAUAUUACAAGCUCAAUUAGCUCAAUUAGCAGCAGCUAAUUUCUUAUCUACAAGUGUUUUGAGAGCAUUCAUACCACAUUCUAAAGUAAAAAAAAAAAAAAGGAAGUUACAGUGUAUUUAAAAAAAAAGCAUAUUAGCUUUGGAAUCUUGCAUGAUAAUCUGGUUUUACCUCCUUUUUCAUUACUUAUAUUUCUUUUUUUAACAGGAAUAUCCAACUGUUAUUAUAAGACUGCACCCAGCCCCUGUGAAUGCAUUUAACUUCUGUCCCCACAAAGGUGAAGGACAAGAACACAUUUAGGUUACUAGGCUGUCAGACAGCUUUAAGCUUAGUUCCUCUUUGAUAGUUGUUCAUGAGGUGUUCUGUGCAUCUCAACUGACUAUGAAAAAGGAUGCAAGAAUGUUCUAUUGAAUCUCAAAGUACCACCCUUUCCAGUAAUGUUCUGUGAAAUUUAUGGUUGGAAUUUUAACUGUUCCCUUCCACAGACUUGGCACAUGUGUAAUAUGCAAUGUAGGUAAUGCACUUAACAUAGUACAUAUUUUGUACCAAAUUGCAGAUUUGCACCUUUUAAUCUUAGUAUCUUUAGGGUCACUUUUUGCAUAUAUUGUGCAAGAAACAUAUAAACAGCUCUCAAAUUAUUCUGAUAGUUUGUAAUAACUUUGCAUUCAACAAACUCAUAUUUUUAGAUGAGGUAUGUGUGUAAAUACGAGAUGUAUUUUAUAAAAAUUUUGAAUUAAACUUGUUUACAGAAUCUA